GAGCUUUUCGCACUUAGAAAUGCUCCCAACAGGCACUUUUGUGACUUACAACUUUUUUGGGGGAGGGGGGUUUUGCUACUAUUUUGCGACUUUCCCACAGAAAGUCGCAAUGAUAAAUUCCUGACCACUGCAUCCACAUUUGGAAAUUUCACUGUGAACAGUAAAUUCUCACAAAUCCGCAAUGCCAUAAAAAGUCACAAAAAAGCGUUUGAUGAAUUCCCCCAAUGUGAUGGAAAGUGAAAUAAAAGGGGAGGGCGGGGCUUCUUCUAAUCUUCCCACAGGUGACUGAGCUGGAGACACCAGCCCAGUAUAUAAGGGAAAUACUUUUCCCGCCAAUGGGCCUCCAGCCAAUCAGAAUGCUGUUGUUGGGCUGGAGCAUCGCUGGGCAGAAGAUCAUGGUUACCGGGCAGAAUCUGAUCCUCCAAUCAGAAGCAGGAAUCCAUCUCUCAGCAGAACAGCUGUUACCGGGCAGAAUAACUGAGGAAAACAACCUGUGGAGAUAAAGGGGGAAGAAGGAAAUAAGGAGGAGGGGGGAUGUAUACUGGGAACCAUGGGGCCGUGUGCCCUCUUAGCUUAUGCUGGAAUUUGGGAGCCUCUUUUAUUUUGUGGUUUAUUUUUUUUGCUCUUUAGGGUGAAGAUCUGAUGGAUAUUAAGGUUGAGGUUAAAGAUGAACCAGAAGAGGAGACGGAUUUCGGGGCCGAUCAGCAGUAUGGAGUCAUUGAUAGAAAUCCACCCGAGAGGUGUCCCCGCCAUCUGUAUUCCCAGGACUGUCCAGAGGGAAAUGUCCCAGAGAAGCAUCAGGGGGGAGAUCUGACUAAUAAUAAAGUGGAGGAUGAAGAAGAGAGGAGGAGGGGCCAUCACCCGUGUAUGAGGGAAGUGAAGGAGGAAAUUCCAGGAGGUGUUACCCCAGAAAAUCCCAGUAAGAAUUCUGAGGGAAACUUCAUGUUAUCCCUGAAUGAUAAAGGAGAAGAUGAAGAUAUGAUGGAGCGCUCCUCAGGAGAAGACCUCCUUACUCCUAAUGUCCAUCCAGAUCUAUCCUAUAAUAAUCCACCUGAUCAUGAGGAACCUUCUCCUGACCAACCACACAUUGUUACCACAAGGACAGAUCAGAAAUGGGGGAAAGGCUCGUAUUGUGAGGAAUGUGGAAAAUAUUUUACAAAAAGAUCAGCUCUUGUUAACCACAGAAAAAGUCACACAAGAAAGAAGCAGUAUGUGUGUUCAGAAUGUGGCAAAUCCUAUAAAUACCAAUCACUGCUUAUUCACCAUGAGAGAAUUCAUACAGGAGAAAAGCCAUAUUCAUGUUCAGAAUGUGGGAAAUGUUUUGCACAGAAAUCAGAUCUAGGUAUACAUGAGAGAAUUCACACAGGAGAGAAGAUGUAUUCAUGUUCUGAAUGUGGGAAAUAUAUUAGAAAUAAAUCACAACUUUCAAUACAUGAGAGAGUUCACACAGGAGAGAAGCCGUAUUCAUGUUCAGAAUGUGGUAAAUGUUUUAGAACUAAAUCACAACUUUCAUCACAUGAGAGAGUUCACACAGGAGAGAAGCCGUAUUCAUGUUCAGAAUGUGGUAAAUGUUUUAAAAAUAAAUCAGAUCUUUCUAAACAUGAGAAAAUUCACACAGGAGAGAAGAUGUUUUCAUGUUCUGAAUGUGGGAAAGGUUUUACAAGCAAAUCACAUGUUUCAAUACAUGAGAGAGUUCACACAGGAGAGAAGCCAUAUUCAUGUUCAGAAUGUGGGAAAUGUUUUAAAAGUAAAUCAGAGCUUAAUGUACACACGAAAAGUCACACGGGGAAGAAGCCCUAUUCAUGUUCAGAAUGUGGUAAAUGUUUUAGAAAUAAAUCACUUCUUUCAAUACAUGAGAGAAUUCAUACAGGAGAGAAGCCAUAUUCAUGUUUAGAAUGUGGUAAAUGUUUUAUGUAUAAACCACAACUUUCUAGACAUGAGAGAAUAUCUACAUUGAGCAGUGAGAUAGGGUCCAGUAUAGUUAGAUCCUUACUAGGCUUGAGAAGGACUAGAUCGAAGCUUCCCCCUCGAGUCAGGGAAAGUGUCUUCUUCGCCAAAUAUGUGAUACAGUUUCAACAGAAGAGGUACCAACUUCUCUUCAUUCAUCCUGAUUACACCACAGUGAAGAAGACCUGGAGGGAGUGUGAGGCCCCCAGCAGCCAUCUUCAUGAGCUCCCAUCUUCGGGAGGACGGAGCAGGGCCCGGGGCCCCAUCAUGGAGCCUCCAACUCACUCACACAUACAUGAGAAGAAGAUCCUAGAACUCAUUCACAGGAUCACUGAGCUGCUGACUGGAGAGGUUCCUAUAAGGUGUCAGGAUGUUGCGGUCUAUUUCACCAUGGAGGAGUGGGAGUAUGUAGAAGGACACAAGGAUCUGUACCAGGACAUAGUCAUGAUGGAGGAUCACCGGCCCCUCACAUCACAAGUUAAUGAUAGAAAUCCACCCGAGAGGUGUCCCCGUCCUCUGUAUUCCCAGGACUGUCCAGAGGGAAAUGUACCAGAGAAGAAUCAGGCUGAAGAUCUGAUGGAUAUUAAGGUUGAGGUUAAAGAUGAACCAGAAGAGGAGACGGAUUUCGGGGCCGAUCAGCAGUAUGGAGUCAUUGAUAGAAAUCCACCCGAGAGGUGUCCCCGCCCUCUGUAUUCCCAGGACUGUCCAGAGGGAAAUGUCCCAGAGAAGCAUCAGGGGGGAGAUCUGACUAAUAAUAAAGUGGAGGAUGAAGAAGAGAGGAUGAGGGGCCAUCACCCGUGUAUGAGGGAAGUGAAGGAGGAAAUUCCAGGAGGUGUUACCCCAGAAAAUCCCAGUAAGAAUUCUGAGGGAAACUUCAUGUUAUCCCUGAAUGAUAAAGGAGAAGAUGAAGAUAUGAUGGAGCGCUCCUCAGGAGAAGACCUCCUUACCCCUAAUGUCCAUCCAGAUCUAUCCUGUAAUAAUCCACCUGAUCAUGAGGAACCUUCUCCUGACCAACCACACAUUGUUACCACAAGGACAGAUCAGGAACAUGGGAAAGGUUUAUAUUGUGAGGAAUGUGGGAAAUAUUUUACAAAUGGAUCAGCUCUUGUUAACCACAGAAAAAGUCACACAAGAAAGAAGCAGUAUGUGUGUUCAGAAUGUGGCAAAUCCUAUAAAUACCAAUCAGAGUUUAUUAAACAUGAGAGAAUUCAUACAGGAGAAAAGCCAUAUUCAUGUUCAGAAUGUGGAAAAUGUUUUACACAAAAAUCAUCUCUUCUUAUACAUGAGAAAACACACACAGGGCAGAAGCCAUAUUUAUGUUUAGAAUGUGGGAAAUGUUUUACACAGAAAUAUGUUCUAGGUAUACAUGAGAGAAUCCACACAGGAGAGAAGAUGUAUUCAUGUUCUGAAUGUGGGAAAUGUUUUACAAACAAAUCACAUCUUUCAAUACAUGAGAGAAUUCACACAGGAGAGAAGCCGUAUUCAUGUUCAGAAUGCCGUAAAUGUUUUACAAAUAAAUCACAUCUUUCUGAACAUAAGAGAAUUCACGCAGGAGAGAAGAUGUAUUCAUGUUCUGAAUGUGGGAAAUGUUUUACAAGCAAAUCACAUCUUUCAAUACAUGAGAGAGUUCACACAGGAGAGAAGCCGUAUUCAUGUUCAGAAUGUGGUAAAUGUUUCAGAAAUAAAUCACAUCUUUCAAUACAUGAGAGAGUUCACACAGGAGAGAAGCCAUAUUUAUGUUCAGAAUGUGGGAAAUGUUUUAAAAGUAAAACAGCUCUUAUUACACACAAGAAAAGUCACACAGGGAAGAAGCCAUAUUUAUGUUCAGAAUGUGGGAAAUGUUUUAAACAUAAAUCACAUCUUGUUGUACAUCAGAGAUGUCACACAGGAGAGAAGCCAUAUUCAUGUUUAGAAUGUGGUAAGUGUUUUUUGUAUAAAUCACAACUUUCUAGACAUGAGAGAAGUCACACUGGAAACUGAAAUAAUAAAUGAUAAAAAUAUAAUAUGGAGAAUGGAAAUCUGAGAUCUCAGGUAACAGUAAAAUGUGAUGUUUCUAAGUUGUGUUGUGAGAAUUAACCCUAAAAUAAACUUCCUAAUGAAACCUAAGCAGAAGCUAAAGCCAACAUCAUCUCUUGGUCAUCAGCACCUGGGGUCAUGUGACCUUUGUAGGUAAAUAACGGUAAUGAGAAGUAAUAUGUAAUGCUAUUGUGUAUCAUUUAGUAGUGACUUGUAGCUCUACACUACAGUAUGAUUGGAUGAUUUCUAUGGAUGAUAAUGAUUGGUGAUUACUAUGUAUUACCUCGGCCUCAUUUCCAUUAGAAAUAUUACUGAUUGUAUCUCAUGUGUCACUUCUGUCCUAUCAGGAUCAGGACACUUCUGUGUUGUCACCAAUAAGUAAAAUCCUGUGUGUG